UCUGUACAUUUUCUACCUGUGUUGUACACAUGUUUGGACUGCAACUUUUUGUGAAUUCCGUUCUGCACAUUGCUGACUGGUGUAAAUUGUUGUUAACAGUAAUGCAUGAAGCAACAUUUAGUUAUCCAAAUCUGAAAUAGUUUGUAGAGGAAAACAAGCUUGUUCUUGUUCUCAUUUUUUUAUUCAAAUGAAAUAAUUUUUGGGGGGAAAAUUACAACAUAACACUUUAAUGUCCGUUUGUACGGAAAGUACAUAAAUCCUCACAUCACAUAACAAUCACAUCACAUGUAAAUGAAAAAUCACACAAAGACAAGGUAAGUUGCAUUAUAAAUCACAGUCCAUGAGUGAGUAAUGAAGUAAACUUCAUGUUAAAAUAUAAUGCAUUCUUUAAGGCAGAAAUGCAUCUUUUAGAUAUUUUCUGACAUCUAGUGGACAGAUGGUAAUAUGAAGGCUUUUUUCUGGUAUAGAAUCCAAUGCGUCAUUUUCUUCGACUGCUGAAUGAAUACUCAUCAUGAAGGAAAUCAUUAAUUCAUGUCAUUCACAUAAUGGACUUAAAGUUCAGUUCCUUUUCGUCAUAGAUCGAGGACAACAGCUAACAUGGAUAAAGGAUGAUUAUAAAAGGUUCUCAUAAAUACUGUUCAGCUGGGAUUCUCAGACUCACAGAAUCAUCAGACCUGCAAGCUGUUGAGGUAAAUCCACCUGCAGAGAGAAACAUAAAGGUUUUCCAUACAGGUUCCAAGUUAAUCGUAAAAAAAAGAAAAGAAAGAAAGCUACACCCUCUAACAUGGAGACUGCAGUGUUCACCUGCUGGCUCCUUUUUCUGCUGUUCAGCCCAGCUGUUCCCAUGUGCAUACCCACUGACUUCACCCUGCACGUGGAGAGACCAGAGUGUGACUUCUGUGUGGCCAUCAACACCACCAUCUGUAUGGGAUUCUGCAAGUCAUGGGACAGUGUCGUAAAGGGCCAACACAGCCUACCCUUCCUCAAACAGAGAGGAUGCACCUACGACACAGUUGAACAUCGUACCGCCACUCUGCCCGGCUGUCCCAUCAGGACGAACCCUGUCUUCACCUACCCCGUGGCGCUCAGCUGCAAGUGUGAUUACUGCAAGACUGAAACGGAUGACUGUGCACACAGAGCCGGCGCAGUUGGAGCUCGGUGCAACAAACCAGUCAGACGUCUUUACCCAUAUCCUGGCCAGAGCAACUACCUGACCCCUUUCUGAUUCAUAACAUUUAACUUUCUCAUGAUUCAUUCUUUGCUGAAGUUACACAUCUUAAGCUGCAUGAUUCAUAUGUGUUUUUGAAAGAGAAAAACGUGACCUAUGGGCUUGUGACGUUGCCUAGCACGUUCUGUUUUAUUGCCUGUUGUACCAGACUGUUUCCUUGUGCCUUUGUCCCCAGAGCUGUCUGAACUGGAGCUCUGCUUCUCAGUUUACAAUGCAGCUGUUGAUCCUUUUGUGUGUUUUGUUAACCUUAAUUAAUUAUCUUCCUCUGAACUCAUAGAUGUGAGACUCAUGGAUUUAUUAUGUUUACUCUGUAAGGGAUACUCUGAAUACACCUCAAUUAAAGCUCAAGUCUCUAAAUAGC